AUGGAAAGCCAAAACUAAAGCAAUAGUUUGCUUGAAAUUAGAAAUAAAAUACUUUUCAAUUACUUAGACUUUGUAUAUCAUUCAAUAUAGAUGAAUAAUUAUUUGACCUAAGCAAUAAAGAUAAUGGCUUCUCUAAGGAACUUUUCAUAUAUAUUUUAAAAUUAGAUGAGCUCAUAUACAUAUGUUUUUAGUAUUAUUGCAAGACCCUAAAUUGUAUUAUAACUGGAUUAUAUACAAUAUGUAAUUUUAGCUUUAUGCUUUAUAUACAUAAUAUCUUCAUAAGUGAAAUGCUUUUUUUCAAGGGCGAUUAACAUUUUUGGUUAAAUACUUAAUUUAGGUUUAAUUAAUUUCUUUUUUGAAAUAUCAAAAGGUUCUUUGGAUUAUUUGGUAUAAAUUAUGUUGAUUUUCAUUAAUAUUUUUGAAUAGAUAUUUGCAGAAGGUACGUUGAAUUUUGACUCUCGUAGUAUUUUUAAUCCAACUAAAUCUAUAAUUUGUCAUAUUGUUGUUAUAGGAAAUAUAGCUUUAAUGUAUUUGGCUAAAUAUUAAUUCGAUAUUAAAAUCAUAUAAUCAGUGGCAAUAUUUAAUGCAUUAACAACUCUUGUGUAAUUAUUGUUAAAAUUUCCAAAAGGAAAUGCUAUUCUAAUAACAAUUUUGUUUAAUAUUUAAAUAAUGACAAUUUAUUUAGGAUUAGUUGAACUAAUGUUAGGAUCUCAUAAUUAUAUAAGUGAUUUAAUAAUUAUUUUGUUUAUGCAUAGAAUAGUUUUAAUGAAUUUUGAAAGAAUGUAAUAAUAGAUACCAAAAUCUUUGGAAGACUUAAUUGUUAAUUUUUAUGAUUUUAAGAUACUAAAAAAAAUAAAAAUUUCACUUCCAACACAUAAAGAAGAUAUGGUAUUAUAUGCUUCUUUGUUGGCAUAUUAAGAAAAAUAUUAUGAAGGACUUAUGAUUUUACAUUCAAUAAAAAAACUUAGUUGGUUAUCUUCCCUAAAAAAAGAUAUAAUGAUUAAAGAAUGGUUAACUCAUUUAGAUACUAAAUUAAAAAAUUAAAAUAAAGCAUAAUAGGGUUUAUCUGAAGCAGUAGAAUAAUUAAUGAAACUUGAAGAUUAUAAUGUAACACUCUAAACUAAAAUUAUAAAUUUAUUGAAAAAUAAGUAUCGUAUUUAAUAAAUAAUUUCAUAAAAAGAAAAGAUAUCUCUAUUGAAUCUCUUUUAAUAUAUUGAAUAAGUUAAUAUUGUUUAAAUUUAAUUGGAAAAAUAGUAUUCUAUAUUUCCUAAUUAAAAAACAUAAAAUGUGUUAUGCUUUUUAUAUUCUGAAAUUUUAAAUGAAUUUACAAAAGCAAAUUUACUUCAGCAAUAACUUUUAAAAAUUGAUGAUAAAUAAAAUUUUUCAGUAUUUACAAAUAAAAUGGUUUAUUUAAUUUCCACUUAUAAUUAAGAAAUUAUAAUUAAAAGAGCUUCUAAUAAUGCCCCAAUUUUAUUCAAAAUGAAUCAUAAUAACUUACUAUAAUAAAAUAUAAAUUUAAUUAUUCCUCCAGGUAUAAAAGAGUAACAUUCGAAAUUAGUUAAGAAAUUCUUAAUUAAUGGGGAGUCAAAAUAUAUGAGGAGAUUGGAUAUUAAUUACUAUUAUAAUCAUUCAAAAGGAACUUUACAUUAAAUAGAGUUUGCAAUUGAUGUAAGUUUUACAAGUGAGGAAAUCAAUUUUAUCACUUUUUUAUAACCAAUUUAUGACUAACCUUUAAUAAUGAUAUUAAAUUAAGAUAAAAUGAUUACUUCGACAACAGAAAGUAUUUUAACAGCUUUGAGCAUCAAUACAAUUACAUAUUUUAAAAAUUAAAUUAUAACUAAAUUUAUGCCUCUUUUUAAAAAACACGAAUUAUAAGGAGAAUAUGAAAAUAUUGAUUUUUUUGUAGGUGUUGAUAAAGAUGAAGCAACAUAUAAUUCAAUAACUACAUAUUUAACAACAUUAGAAAUAAUUCCAAAAAUAUUAAAUGGGGAAAUAUUAUUUUACAUUAUAAAAUUUGAUUAUUUUAAAAAAUAAGAAAAUUCUGUAAAAUUCACUUAUACUGAAACAAAUAAUAGUAUGAUUUAAGGAGUAUUUUCAGUUUCUGAAAAUGUAUUUAUUGAUGAUCCUAAUGGUUCUAGUAAUGAACCCUAAGUUAUAAUGAUUUCCAAUUAAAAUACAUUAUAAAAAUCAUAAAUUAAUGAACUUAUGAUAAUUGAUUCAACUGUCCAUUAGACAUAAUUAAAAGAUCCAAUUUAAUCUUCUAGGCCUCUCUUUUACUAAACCUAAAAUAAAAUCAAUUAUUCAGUAUCUGUCUCAGAUGAUGAUUAGAUUAGGUAAAAAUAAUUAAAAGAUUUCAGUAUGGCUGAAAGUAAAUAAAGAGAAUCUUCUUAAUUGUCCUCUUUGAAAGGAUUAAGACAAUCUAAUUAUUUUAAGAAAUAUGAAAUAUUAUAGAAACUUGAAGAUAUUCAAGGAUUAACCUAACGCCAUAAAAUAUUUCUUUCAUUUACCUCAGUUUGUUUAUUAAUAUAAUUGUCAUUUGUUAUAGCUGUAUAUUUUUAUUAUUAUAAUAGUAAUUUAGUUAAACAAAUACUAGUUUAACAAAUUUAAUUUUUGACAUCGAUUUAUUGUAGAUCAAGAAUUUUGCUUUUUAGCCUUUUGAAUCAUUUUUGGUUACAAGAUGGACAAUUUUCAAUUAUAAUAAUUUAAAAACAGCUGGAAAAAUAUCAUAAGAAUCUUUUGAUUAAUUAGUUAUAUUUCCUAGAUCAAAUUUGCAUUUAGGUUUUGAUCGUUUAGAAGAAAAUGUUAAUUCAGUCUUAAAUAAAUUACAAUUAUAAUAGUUUUUAGAAAGCACAUAUUUAGAUAUUCAAUUAUAUACAUCUUCAAAUUUAGGGGAGCAUUUUAAUGUUUCCUUAAGAAAUUGUAUAACAAUUAUGUUAAAUUAUUAAUAUAUAACAAAAAUGGUUUAUUAGUUAGAGGGAAAUGUUAAUGUUGAUACACCAUAUAUAUAUUAUUAGUAUAGAAAUUAUUAUAUUCUCAAAAGAGAAUUUGGACGUAUUAAUCAAGAUAUUUUAGAAGAUACAAUAAUGAGAUCAAUAACAAUUUUACAUAAAUUAGAAAUUAUUUAUAUAUUGUCAUUAACUUUCCUUAUAACUUUUCUUUUAUGCAGUUAUUAUUUAUAUUCACGAAUAGAAUCAAGCCAUGCUAAUUUUAUAAAUUUAUUAUUUUGUUGUCGUCCAGAACAUUUUAAUAAGGAUAUGUAAAGAUUAUCAUCUUUAUAAACAAUUAUUAAUAGUGAUUACAACAAUUUAUUUUAAUAUUAAUUUUACAUGUAUCGUAAAGAAUAAUAUUUUGACGAAAUUAAAUUAAAAUUAGAAAAAAAAGAUCAUAAAAAAUUUAUCUUAGAAAAUAAUUCAUAUUUAAGUGUGAGAAACUAUUUUAAUAGAAUCUUUUUAUGUAUAAUUCUCAUAACAGUCUUAACUUAGGCAAGUAUUUCCUAUGGUUAAGUAAAAGAUUAUUUAAAUAAAUAUCCUGAAACAGCUAAAUUUUAUAAGGGUGUUUCAGAUAUUGGUACAGAUGUUCCUUGUGUCUUUGCAUAAAGUAAUAUUUUAUAUGGAAGAAAGUUUUUUCCAUAUUAUGAUGAGACUGAUAUUUAAUUAGUUUUUCAAGAAAUAACUUAAUCUUUGGCAGAAUUAUAAGCUUUUACAAUAAAUAAAAUAGAUUUUGAAUAGUAAAUGAUUUAUUAAUAUUUAUUAGAUAUUUUUUGUCAAAAUAGUUUGCUGAUUAUUAUAAUUAUCUAAUGGAUAAUAAUCUCUGUGAUUAAUUAUUAGAUGAUAUGAGAUAAAAAGCAUCCACUAUUUGUCCAAUAGUGAUGAGUUAAGCCAUGUCAAGAGGAUUACUUGGAAUUCUUGUUUACAUAGUUAAUUAUAUAUAAACAGAAAAAGAUAUAAAUUAAUUUACUGAGAGACUGCAAUUAAGUUAUUUAGAAUUAGAAGGAGCUUUUUUAGUUUCUGAAAUUGUCCGUAAACUUAAUAUUGAAAUUCAAUUAGAUUUAAGUGUAUAAACAUAGAAAUUGGUAGAUUAAAUAACUGUAUUUAUCUCAUAAAAAUCUAGAUGCAUAGCAUAUUUAUAAUGAUAGUUAUAUUCUCAUUUGUGAUGUUCCUAUCCAUUAUAAUUAGAAAAAGGCUAAUUUAUAGACAAUACAUCAUCUAAAGAAUAUUAUAUCUAGUGCCAUUGCAAAUUAUGUUAUUUGAUGAUGGUUUUGAAAGAAAUGCUAAAACACUAAUGCUUAAAGAAACUUUUUGA